CAGCAAACAAACGUGUUGUCAACGUACAUUUGGAGAAACUCUACGCCCACGCCUUUGCUGAAAAAUCAACUACCGACAGAAAACGGUCGCAAGCCAGAGCUGCUCUCCAAACAACUCGACUGAACUCGCAAUACCAAAACCAUUAUGAACUGCAAGCCCUUGAUUUUGUGCACCUUUGUGGCAGUUGCACUUUGUGUGAUGCAUUUUGGAAAUGCUGUGCCCGCAAUCGGUCAUUAUACGCAUAAGCGAUUUGAUUCCAUGGGCGGCAUUGAUUUUAUUCAGGUGUGCUUAAACAACUGCGUCCAGUGCAAAACCAUGCUGGGGGACUACUUUCAGGGGCAAACGUGUGCCCUAUCCUGCCUCAAGUUCAAGGGCAAAGCAAUCCCCGAUUGCGAGGAUAUAGCCUCUAUAGCUCCGUUUCUAAAUGCACUCGAAUAAAAUCGAGAAAGAAGCGCCCCUUAAGCGGUGUGCGAUGUGCGGUGUGUGUGGUGAUAUGUGCUUUUAUGGCCUGUGACUCAGGUGUGGAUUUAGGUCAAUGCGAUGCUCAACACGAUGCUCAAGUCUUGGCGAUCUUGGCUGCUGAUGUCGACCACAACGAUGAUGAAAUGACUUUUGCUAAAUAACUGACUUCCCAGCGCGAAAACAAAGAGUUCCUAUUAACUUGUAAUUGUGUAGUGAAUAAACAAAUAACAUAGAGAAACUUUGACUGCAGCAUU